CCUGGCAACGACAAGCAGAGCGCUAUUGAAUUACCAAAAAUGGGAAGCCAGUUUGUUUGGUUUUCUCCGGAGCAACAAAUGAGCACACACUGACCGUUUUUACCGUCUUUGAGAAGACAUGGAUUCAUUCUGGUCUUGGGAAAGUUCUGGACACGAAAACUAAAGACGAAGGUUUGGAGAGCGAAAAUCCCCACAAUCUCAAAGGUGACGUCUGUGCUGGUCAACAACAGAAGGUGUAAAACUAGUGAUCAUGACUGCUCUGGUGCGACCUGGCAUCAAGGUUUCGGUUCUGUGUGAAGACGGAGACAGGUUCUUAGAGGACGGUGAUCUGAUGCGGGCUACCUCCAUCUACAUGUCUGCCUUCAGUACUCACGCUGCAACCACACUGUCACACAUGCGGAAAAUGGAGACAUCCAGCCUCCAAGGGGUCGUAUCGACUCUAGAAGGUUGGCUCGAUAAUAACCAGGAAAGCAAGCCUGUAGAGGGUCUCAGUAAAGGUCUGGUAGCAGUCUUUCUGUCCACGCUCUAUCCCAACAAUUUGUCGGCCACCAUUUAUAAAAUGGAGUCUCUCCUUCAGAGUGGUGGGCAUGGCUGUGAGGAGAUUUUUGCUCGCUGCACCGCCCUGCUCGAGGGGAAACAAAAGCUUAAUCCAGAGAGUGUUUGUUGUGUGACAUUGGAAAUAACUCGUGCCUUGGCCUGCUUGUUGUCAGAACAAUACCGUGCUCACGGUCUGAAGCUUUACCUCAACUCUUACAAGAGCAACAAAUGUGAAACUAUCAAACUGGUGAAGAGCAGACAAGCUUCUCAUAUAGCCAAAAUAGUCAAGGCCUUUACAGAGCAAAUGCAUCACUGGCAUCCCUCCAUGAUAUUGGACAGCGAGAGUGACGUGUGCUCAAAGGAGAGUGUACAUUUGAAUGUGGAGGCUGCUUCUCCGCUGAUUGACUUCUUAUUGGAGAUCUCACCAGGUGAUAGUAAAGUGCAGGAGCUCCAGGCUGCACAUUUGUUUUACACAGGCCAAUUUGGUGACAGUGCAGACAUGUACUCUGCUAUCUUGCAGAAUGACCCUGGGAAGUUGGUCCAAGACUCAGCCGAGAGGCAAGCCAGGCUCUUAACCAGCCGAGCAGCUGCCUUGCUGUCAGGAGGCGUCCGUGUUGAAGAGGCCUGUUUGGAUCUGGGAGAAGCCUUCAAUGUGCACCCUGCAUGUGCUCGAAUUUACUUCCAAAAGCUCUUCACUGAUCUCGGUACAGGAGGGUCUGCUCGCAGCUAUCUUCGUCAGGAGGCUGAAAAGGGUCUAUCUGGUUUUCGGGACAUGGUCGUUACCCGAGCAGACCUGAGGUCCACAGAGGGAGUGGAACUUCUUGACCCUGUGGUUGCUCAGUUACGGACUCUUUGUCAUUUGGAGCCUGACGGAGGAGGAAGAGAGCUGCGUGUGCGACUUGCCGAUUGUCUUCUACUAAAGGGGGAGCACAAAGAAGCUCUCUCUAUAUGUAGCCAGCUGGCUGCUACCAAAGACCAGCACAGCUAUCAGAACACAGUGCAGGUUCUUUGUGGAUAUACACGACUUCUCACAGAUGACCACAAGGGGGCUCUGGAGGACUUUCAGGCUGUGAUUGAACACAACGCCCCCCACCCACCUAGCUGUGUGCGGGCACUCUGUGGCAGAGGCCUGCUACGUAUGAUGGCGGGCUUCCACUACCUCACAGCACUCGACUAUGUGACAGCGACCAGGUUGCACCCUCAGGAGACGGCGCUAACCGUUCGCUGUCUUGUUCCAUGGAACCUGCGGGGGCUGCUUUUCACUGUUUUACUGGAGCAAGGCCGAUGCAUGCUUGAAGGGGCUGGAGAGCAUCAUCCGGCCUCAUGUGGAAACUCCCAGCAGCCUCAACAGGGGGGUCAGCUGCAGGCCACAUCAAAGCGAGACAGCCACAGAGCAGGGACUCCUGCUGGUGUUCAUUCCCUGGCUGUGCUGCUCAUGGACCUCCAGCCCGGCACUGAUGGUUCUCAAAUCCUAGCAGCAGAUGCCUUAUACCAGCUUGGCCGAGUAGAGGAAGCUUACCGCCUGCUACUGCUUUGCAUUGGACCCACCAGUCCCCGUGCCCCCAUUUUGGCCCGACUUUCCAUGUUACAGCUGCACAGAGGUUUUCUGUAUGACACCAAUCAGCUAUUAAAAAAGCUUGUUCAGUGUGGUGACACCAGUUGUUUACGCCCCCUAUUGUCAGUGGCGAAGAAGAAGGACCGGGCGCUGCUGCAUGCAUACUGCCACUCUGCUGCCAAACGCAUCCUGGAGGGCACGAGAGAUGAGAGCACCGUCAGGGAGGCAGUGGCCUACCUCUCCAUCGCUAUCAUCAUAUCUGGGGGCGAGGCGGCAGAGUCCCUGCUGGAGAGAGGGAGGUGUUAUGCUCUACUCGGCCAAAGAAAGACAGCCAUCUUUGAUUUCAGUGCCAUUAUCAAGGAACAGCCCAAACAUGUUCAAGCACUAUGUGGAAGAGGUUUCACCUACCUCCUGCUCAACCAGCAAAAGGAAUGCACUCAUGACAUCCUGGCUGCUCUGCAGAUAAACACUGAUGAGGUUACCAAAGACCUCCUGUCACUCAAGGACAGGGCACGCAAACUGGUCUGUGAUUGGCUGCAUCAGUUCUGCAGGAGCAGCCUGUCAGAUGUCCUUGUCACCAAUGCUGUCCCCUGCCAUGGGGAGAGACUCAGAGAGGCUUCCAUAAUCUGUGCUGCUCUGAUAAGGACAGACUGCAGAGCUCCCAGAUGGCAUCUUCUCCAUGUUGACAUUCUUUUAGCCAAAGGUGAAGUUGAGGCGGCAGGUGCCCACCUGAGCCAGGUGUUUGGCCAGGAGCCAAGAGAUGCAGCGGCCCAGGCCAGGCUAGGUGUGGUGGAGGCCUGGCAGCGCAAGUCUUGCAGUGCAGCACGCAGGCUCAGCAUACUCGCAGAGGAAGAGAUGUCAUGUUUGGACCUUUUGUUGGCUCUCAUCCCACUUCAUCAGAGGAAAUGCAUAGCACAGGCAGCAGCACAGGAUGCCAAAAGCAUGUCUUCAGAUGGAAGCUGGGAUCAGGCCCUCCCUCUUUUGACUGUGGCAGUACAAGCAGCAGACAAACAGAGAUAUGAGUAUAUUCGCCAGCGGGCUGUCUGUCUCGCUCAGCUGGGCUUACACCAGCGCGCCAUUGCCGACCUCGACCAAGUCAUUCAGAAACACGGUGGUUCCGAUGCCAGCUGCUCUGAAGACCCCCAAGUCUUGGCGGAAGGUCUUUGUCGACGCGGUCACAGCCUGGUGCUGUGUUCCAGAGAAGGACCAGCUCUGGAGGAUUUUAGCCGGGCUCUUGAGCUCCACAGGGAGCGGACCAUUCAAUGUGUGGAAGAAGGUGUGGGUAGGCUGCGGCUGGCAGAGUGCUUUUUGCGGGGGGCCCUGCAGCACUAUGGACAGCAGCAGCUCAGCAAAGCCUGGACAUUAAUCGAGUGUGGCCUUGUUGUGGAUGGUGACAAUGCAGAACUGCGCAGAGUGAGAGCAAAGGUCAAGCGAGAAGUGGCUAGCCCUUGUAAUGUCAACUAGUGAGUCCUCAAACCAAAUGGUGAUCCAAUCCACUUACUCAUACAGUAGAAGUACCUUCAACUACCCAUUAGGACAUUUAUAGUAUGCCCUCUUUUUAAAUCUCUAGUGCACUUUAGUGCAAUUAGGCUUUAACUCAACAGCCUUACAGUAGUUCAGGCAUUCAAACAUUAUCAUUAUUAUUAUUUUAAUCAUUGUCAUAAGUGUUACAUCCCAACAAAUGUACAACAUACAGUGCCAGUCAGAAGUUUGGGCAUGAAUUUUCCAUCCAUCCAACAAUUUUCUAUACCGCUUCAUCCUCAUUAGGGUCACGGGGGCGUGCUGGAGCCUAUCCCAGCUGACUUCGGGCGACAGACAGGGUAUACCAUGGACUGGUCGCCAGCCAAUCGCAGGGCACAUACAGACAAACAACCAUUCACACUCACAUUCAUACCUAUGGACAAUUUAGAGUCGCCAGUUAACCUCACCUGCAUGUUUUUGAGAAUGUGGGAGGAAGCCGGAGUACCCGGAGAAGGCAUGAAUUUUCAUUCAAGAAAAUAAUGUGUUGUAAGACCUUUGACUGCUAUGAUACACUGCUACACUGGAAAUGCGCACUGUCACGCUGGAAUGGGACUAUUUUCCAGCAACAUGAACAGCACUGUGCCUGCGUGAACCCGUUGACAAACAUGUUGUGGUAAAAUUCAAUAUUGUGACACAAAAAUACAAUAUUUUUCAGGUUAGGGUUAGUAUGUAUUUUAUUCCAUAAAUAUUAUUCCAUGUUUUGUGCAAUUUUUAUCCAACAAUCUAAAGUAUCAAAAUCUGAAAUAGUUCAUUAGAGCCUCUUCGAAAUAUUUGCUGCAGCUCUAAAUGUAUUUAAUUUUUUAUCGACCCAUUUAUGACCCAAUUACAUUUGUAGACAUGAGAACCCUUCUUGUCGGUGUGAGGAUGUAUUUCUUUCUCACUGUGGAAGCCAAACAGGUACACACAAUAUAAAGUCACGCAACGUAUUUGAAUUCAAACCAACAUAUUUAGAUAAGAAAGUGCCCAAUGUGCAGGAUUUAUGCUUUAAAGCUAGAGAAGGCACAAUUUUCCAUCGUCAUAUCCACAGCUGCAAAUACAUGGUAGUCGCCAUUCAUAGAGGAAAUGUAUGAAUUAUACAAUUAUUCAUAUUAAUAUGAAAGAACAUCUGAAUGUAUAUUGUUAGUAUUUUCGAGAGCAAGAGGGGCUUGUUUUUGUGCACGCUAGGGAUAAUUCAAUAUAUAUGUAUAUUCAUUUGUGUUGAUAAGACUGCGUGUCCUCUAUGCAGACACAGUUAUGUAUUGGGGCUCCAUGUUGCCAAAGUAGGACUUCUCCCAUUCACUCAUGAGGUCAAAGUGCAGGGGCCGGUCACAGAAGGUGCAGGAAGCAGCCGCAGGGUUGUUUAGCUUGAGUCCCACCUCCUGCCACACGUCCAGUAGUUUCUC